AUGGCUGAAGCUCAAGUUAAGAAGAGAACCUUCAAGAAGUUCUCCUACGGUGGUGUUGCUUUGGAGUCCCUUUUGGACCUCAAGGAGGACAAAUUGGCCGAAUUAUUCCGUUGCCGUGCACGUAGAAAAGUUCUUUCAAUUAAACAGAAGGCUGGUGUUACUCAAGUUGGUGACAAGCCAAAGUUGGUCAAGACCCACGCUCGUAACAUCUUGAUCGUCCCAGAAAUGAUUGGUUCCAUGGUCGGUAUCUACAACGGUAAGGUUUUCAACCAAGUUGAAAUCAAGCCAGAAAUGAUCGGACACUACUUGGGUGAAUUCUCUUUGACCUACAAAACUGUUAACCAUGGUCGUCCAGGUAUUGGUGCCACUCACUCUUCUCGUUUCAUCCCACUCAAAACAACAAUAAUAACGAUCAAACCAACAUACAGAUAG